CCAAUGUCAAACAGCAGAGAAGAAGAAGGUAAACUUCCUGUUUCAGAGCGUUCACCUCGAUUCACAUAAAAACAACCGAUCAUUAAAAUGUGUGUAAAACAAGGCACGUGACCUCAGACCGAUGUUCAGAGCCAGGUGCAUUCUGGGAUCAGCAGCCUGGAGACUCCACAACAGGAUGAGUGCAGCUCCUCACUCAGUGGCUGCAGUCUGUCAGGUGACCUGCACCCCCGACAAGCAGGCCAACUUCUCUGCCUGUGAGCGUCUGGUGGAGGAGGCCAAGGAGCGAGGGGCCAGCAUGGUCUUCCUGCCCGAGGGCUUCGACUACAUCGGCUCCAGCAGGGAGGAGACGCUGUCGCUGUCCGAGAGCCUGACGGGAGAAACCAUCUCCCGCUACGCCCAGCUGGCCAGGAAGCUGCUGGUGUGGCUGUCUCUCGGGGGGUUUCAUGAACGAGGACAUGACUGGGAGAGGGACAGACGGAUCUACAACACUCACAUCAUAAUGAAUGAUAAAGGUGACAUUGUGUCCGUCUACAGGAAGUCCCACUUGUUUGACGUGGAGCUGCCAGGAAAAGGUGUAUCCCUCAAAGAAAGUGGCUUCACCAUCCCGGGACCCUCCCUGGUGUCUCCGGUCCAAACUCCCAUCGGCAAGGUGGGUUUGGGGAUCUGCUACGACCUGAGGUUCCCUGAGUCGUCUCUGGCCCUGCGGCGCCACGGGGCCGACAUCCUCACCUACCCAUCGGCCUUCACUGUCGCCACAGGAGCUGCUCACUGGGAGGUGUUGCUGCGAGCCCGAGCGAUCGAGACCCAGUGCUUCGUCCUGGCAGCAGCUCAGGUCGGCCGGCACCACGAGAAGCGCUCGUCGCACGGCCACGCCCUCGCGGUGGACCCCUGGGGCGAGGUGCUGGGCGACUGCGGUGGGGAGAGCCCUGGCCUGGUGCUGGUGCAGGUGAACCUGGACCAAGUCGGCAGCACCCGGAGGAACAUGCCGGUCCAGCAGCACCGCAGAGACCCGGGCUUCUACCUCAGCCUGGAGGACGCCUGACUUCAAGAGAGGACUUCUGGCUCCUGACUUCCAGAGACAAAUCAAAGUUACUUCACACAAUAAUCAACGACGGACUCGGACAUGUACAGUUGUAUUGAUUUUAGAUUUACAAUCAGUUUUCCUUUUGUCACGCUUCAGUAGAGUGAGUGGAAUGGAGGCCGUGGACGGACCAGGACCUUCAGGACUCUUUAGUUUCAGCCUCUGAGGUUUCAAACUGCUGCAGAAAGAAGAACAAGUAGCUCAUUAGUUUUUAAAGGACAUUUCUCCAGUGGUAGAAAGAGGUGUUGAAAUGAUUUCAUGUGUCUAAACAUCACUUCUAUUAAAUAUUUAAUAAAUAUUGUCACUGAA